CAAGUUUUGUCAAACCCUCUGGGGGCGAGCGAGUAAAUUUAAUUUUGUCGUUCAGCCCUGAAUCGUUAUCCAGGAGCACUAGUUGAAUUUAAUGUUUCCAGCGUUCCCAAUAUAUGAAAUACUGAUAAUUACUCAACAUCAAUUUUAUUUCCUACCGAUGAAUUCCACAUCUACUUAACGUACUCCGUGCAAAUCCCCGCUCCUCAGAAACCCUAGAAUUUAUCGGCAAAGGGUCAUCAUCUCCGUUUGUCUGUCCGCCUGGUUUCAGUUUUGACCUUUCCAGAUUCAUUUUAUCAUCUUCUUGAUCUUAUUCAUUUUUGUUUGUUUUUUUGUAUUGAAUUUAUUUUCGCACAAAGUUUCGUUGUUAAGGAUGGGGGUUUUAUUACAUCUUGUAAACUCUUUACGAGGGGUUUGCGUUUUUUAACAGGAAAAUUUUGGGUUUCUGUAAAUUUGGAAAAUAUAAACUCUAGUGUAGUUCGCUUUUUCGGUAAAGCUUCCGGCCGUUGUUUAGUUCGGUUGGACAUGGACAAAUUUAACCGUCCAGGUGGUCUCGAAGACGCUCAUAAUAAUCAAGAUCUCAAGCAAGUUGAUUCAAAUCCACAAGGAAAUGCUCUAUUUGACGCAUCACAGUAUGCGUUCUUUGGUAAUGAUGUAGUUGAAGAAGUUGAAUUGGGGGGUUUAGAAGAUGAAGAGGAAGAUGAUGAUCCUCUCCCACCUGGUUUUGACAGAAACGAAUAUCUGUCGGAGCAAGAAGAGGUUGAAAUGCUAACAACAUAUUCUGAUGUUGACGAUCUUAGUAGCACAUUUUCAAAGUUGAACAGAGCUGUUGGAAGGCCAGUAACAGCGGCAUUUUUUGGAGGUAGAGAAUCUAGAGAAAGUAAGUUUUGCGUUGUUUGCGCUGUUUUUUAUUGCUUCAUUAUAUGGCUUUUGACCUUAUAAUAAUUGGUUCACAUUUUGGUUCCUAUGUCAAUUUAGAGGGUGUUCGGUUAAGCAUAAUUCAUAGAGCGUAAUUGAUUUUUUGCAGUCUGCAUGCUGAAGUUCACAAACUCAAUUUCAUUUUAUAAUGAAAAUGUAAAGCCUAUUUAACUAAGUUAUGUUUUUUUCGGACUUUUGGCCCUUCAAGUUACAAAGUCACAACAGCCUCACUUAAGUUUUACUUUUGGAAUGUUCUAUAAUAAGGCAGACUGCUCUCAGGGCUGAGCCUUCCAAAGUCAGAUUCAUCUUUAAUUCUUGGAAGUUUUUUCUUGUUGUGUCAUACUGUCAUCACUUUUUUCCGCAUAUUUUUUUUUUGUUUUUUUUUGACAAUUUUCUUUUCUCUCUUUUUAAGGCUCAUCUGCUGCUGAUUAUGUCCAAGAAGUAGAUUUUCAGGAUUGGUAUGAUCAGCGUGGCUUUGGUGCUGAACGCAAUGAAGACAACAAAAGAGGGUUGUCACAACAUCAUCCUUAUAACUCUUCUUCAUCUCAGCCUUUGUAUAGAGCACUGUCAUAUCCUGACCAAGAACAGCAGCAUCCACGACACCAUCACUACUCCAGUGAUGCAAUCCUGAUCCCGAACACAUCAGUUCCUCCUCCUCCUGGUCCUCACCUGCUUCAAGCUUCUCCAAACAACAACUCCAGUACUGCAUACCGGCCUGGCUCACACCCAAUCCCAGUUUCUUCACCUAAUUUCUCUCAAUUUUCUACUAGCCCUCAGAAUCAAAUGAAUGCCAUCAUGCAUCAUGUAUCACAAUAUGGUGGAGGAAUCCUACCCCCCCAACAGAUUAACACUCAUAUUCAAAACCAGCAGCUGAACCAAUUACCACCGCCUCAUCUAAAUGGCAUGUUGCCUCAGAUGCGCCACCCCCACCGCCCUCUCCUGUCACCCUUUGGCACUUCGGCAUUGCAGUCGCAACGGUUCAAUUACCAUCAGCAGCAGCAACAACCUCAGAUGAAUACUUUUGAAUUUGCCAAUUUCAAAGAUCAAAGGGCUGCAGAGUCUAUGCUGAGAAGUGGUGCUAGACAUGUUGGUGGCAUGGGCAUGCGUAGUAGUGGCUGGCCAAUAUUCAAGGCCAAGUACAUGUCGACAGAUGAAAUCGAGAAUAUUCUACGGAUCCAGCUUGCGGCCACCCAUAGCAACAACCCGUAUGUAGAUGAUUAUUACCAUCAGGCUUGUUUGGCUAAAAAGUCUGCGGGUGCAAAGUUGAGACACCAUUUCUGCCCAACUAACCUGAGAGAUGGAAGUUCCCAAAACAGGGCCAGUGCUGAGACACAUGCAUUCCUCCAAGUUGACGCGCUCGGUAGGAUGUCCUUUUCAUCAGUCCGCAGGCCGCGACCGCUUCUUGAAGUUGACCCACCGAACUCAUCUCCAACAAAUAGUGAACAGAAAGUGUCUGAAAAGCCCUUGGAGCAGGAACCCAUGCUUGCUGCUAGGGUCACCAUAGAGGACGGGAUUUGUCUACUCCUUGAUGUUGAUGACAUUGACCGCUUCCUACAGUUUAGCCAACUCCCAGACAGAGGGGAGCAGUUGAGCAAAAGAAGGCAAGCACUGUUGGAGGGGUUGGCGUCAUCCCUUCAGCUGGUGGACCCGCUCGGCAAAAACAGCCAGUCAGUUGACAUGUCACCCAAAGAUGAUCUAGUGUUCUUGAGAAUAAUCUCCCUUCCCAAGGGCAAGAAGCUGAUAUCCCGGUACCUUCAGCUUCUCUUUUCCGGCAGUGAACUUGGCAGGGUGGUCUGCAUGGCCAUUUUCCGAAACCUUAGGUUUCUGUUUGGGAGCAUUCCCACUGACCAUGGGGCGGCUGAGGCGACUAAAGACCUUGCGAGGACCGUUUCAUAUUAUGUGAGGGGCAUGGAUCUCAAAGUAGUAUCUGCUUGCCUUGCAUCCGUGGUUUGUUCAGCAGAACAUCCUCCCCUCCGUCCCAUUGGAAGCCCUUCAGGUGAUGGGGCAUCUGUUGUUCUGAAAUCUGUUCUAGAGAGGGCAACUGAGCUUUUGAGGGACCCAAACGUCGACCCAAAGUGUGUAGCACAGAACAAAGUGUUCUGGCAGGCAUCUUUCGAUGCCUUUUUUGGCUUGGUUACAAAGUACUGUUUUAAUAAGUACGACACUGUCAUUCAGUCUUCUCUUGCAGUGGGGGCCGAUGCGGCCAGAGCUAUAGGGAGGGAGAUGCCGGUUGACCUCUUGCGGGCCAGCCUUCCUCACACCAGUGAACAACAGAGGAAGGUGCUGUUGGAUUUUACACAGAGGUCUAUGCCGGUGCCUAGCACCUAGUUGUGGUGGUGGAAAUGGCAGCAGCAUGUUUUGAGGUUUUGGUUACACCCACUUGUUUUGUCCAAACAUGUGAUCAUAAUGGCAAUAAUGGCGUGUCACAGCUCGUUGGCAGUUAAUGUUUUUUAGAUAGAUCUGAUAUAUGCCACAACUUUUUCAGUACUCUGAUACAAUGGUAUACUAGUUAUGUUGCGUGGUUGGGUAGCUUGUGAUGUGCAUGGCAUGCAGGGUUUUUCAUUUUAAAAAAAUGGAAUUUGGAGCAUAAUUUGGUUAUUUUUUCAUCCUUGUUCUCUGUGGUAGGGUUGAAAAGGGGUAUAAAUCUUAAAGUCGUUAGAUGGUCAUUGGAAGAAAUUUCUACUUUGUAACGUUGAAUGCUAUAUAUAUAAGAAGUUGUCUUGAUGUUUGAUGCUAGAGUUUCUGCUUGUCAUGUUUCUACAUUUUCAGGGCCCCUGCAUGUUUAUACGG